CUCCGGACACUAUUUCAGACAAGUGAGAAAAAAUAGAUGACUUCUUAAUCAACUCAGGAAUACUUUACCCCACUGAGAUGACAUUCUAGGCUGGAGACACUGUAACGGCCAGAGGGGCUGCCAUGGAUACCAUGACCGUCAGUGGUAUACAGCUCUCCCCAGUGAAACACUUUCAACAAAUAGUGGACAUCAGAGCAGAGAAGCGUGAACACAUGCGAGGACGCAACAACGUGACUGCAUGUCGCAGCCCUACGAGAGACUUUGACACAAGAAUGAUCAAAAAUGAAUUGAAGGAAAAAAGGCAACUUGAAUUUCUGAGGAGGAGAUCAGUGAGCCCAGAGCCGUGUGGUUUGACUACAAACUAUUAUUCUCGGGGGAAACCUUCAACAAAUACAUUUUCAAUGAAACAAUACAGUUCAAUCAAGUCAGAGACAUUUCACACAGAUGUCCACAAUACUCCAACUGCUAAUGGGAGACAUACAAAGAUGAUUUCAACACCAAACAAGAGCGUAACUGAAGGCCCAAGCACCAGCAACUGGGCUUCAUUAUGGACAGAACAGGUAACGCUGAUGAGGGCAGAGAAAGGCCACGCAGGGAAGCAAGCAUCUACCUCCACGCCGGCAAUAAAGGAAUCAAACCAGCAAAGGGCUAAAAGCACAGAUAAAAGAGAGAAUAGUCUGAAUGCUAAAAAGACAAGCAACAGAACAUUCAUCCAAAAGAAUAUACAGCAUGAGACCAGUGUGCAGACAGAGUCUGGUCUCGUCACUGUCAGGGAGUCAGAUGUUCAGAGGUUAACAGACUACUUACAGGAGGCCCUGUGGAGAGAGGAGGCCGUGAAGAAGAAGCUUGUCACCCUCCAGGAGAGCACGUCACGCCUCAUGAACUCUUCGAACACAAUAUGGACGGCUCGCUGCAGUGAAGACUUGCUGAGAAACCAGAUCAAAGCUCUGGAGGCGCAGCUGCAAGUCUGCCUGCAGAAAUUUCCCAAGGAUGGAGUAAAGAAACUGCUGAUACAGAUGGAGAAGCAGAAACUGGUGUAUGAGGAGAGAGCCCUGAUCGCAUUGCAGAAGGUCACACAGGAGAAAACUGAGGCGCUCAUCAAGUCUGAGACAAUGCAGGAAGCACUAAAUACGGCAAAGGCAGAGGCACAGAGGUGGCAGGGCCUUUGUAAGGAGCUGAAGCUGAGCUCUGAACAGCUUAGGGAGAACCAACACCUCUAUAAUGACCAGAUGCAACAGCUGCACAGCCAAGUGGAGCUGUCCAGAACCAGAGAGGCCGAGAUGAGAGAGGAGGUGGUGUCACUGCGACAAGAGAAGAAGGCGCUCCAGUACAAUAUGUGCCUGCUGGAAGAAGACAAUCAGAUUUUAAGAGAGGAAAUCCAGCACCUGAGAGAUGGCAGCAAGGAGAGCCAGGGCUCCAUGAUGCAAGGGCUUCUGACAUCGGAGGAAGCAGAGCCACGACUGAUGGAGAGGAGAGACUCUCAGGUGGAGGAGCAGCUCCAUCACACUCAGGACAAACUCAGACUCAAAGAGAGAGAGUGCGAGGAGCUGCAGAAGGAGCUGAACGCCAUGGAGCAGGAGUGCCAGUCGAGUCAGGCCCGGCUGUCGCAGUGCAGAGACGAGCUCCGGCAACCCAGCCACCGCAGCAGGAGACCGACACGGUUUGGCUCCUGGUGGAAAGUGUCUUUGACCUUCCUUCUUCUCCUUGGUGUGGUCGGGGUUGCCAUGUUGUGGCUCUGGUAUCCUCCUUUCAGGGAGCAAGCUGUACUCCUUUACUCAGACAUCGAAGCACGUAUCAAAGACUAUCUCAUGGGCAUGGCAUCUCCUCAACACUGUUUUAGACCGAUAUGAUGUUAUGUUAUUGCUCAGGAACUUUGUUUUUGUUGUUGUUGUUUUGUUGCUUUGUUUAAAAAAAACAUAGGAUGUAGUUAUAAUUUAGUAUUUCAAACCAUUUUGAAGACUUGGAGUAUUUGUGAAAAUGUUGAGUUGACAUGUGUAGUAGGAUGUUUGUAGAAUGUAAAUGAACACUUCCAGUGUGCGAAAUCACAAAUGUAUUUUGAGUAUUUUAAACAACAAAAACAUGUUUUAGCAAAUGUCACAAGAUGGUUGAGGUUAAUACGAUUUAAAGAAGUUGUGUCUCAAUAAUAUCAACACAAAAGUCGGGAGUAAGAACACAGGAAGUAUCCUUUGUACUGUAAACAGCUUGAUUGGUCAAUAGAACCUCCUUGAAUGAUUAAAAAAACAUUAUUGAACUAGAAUGGGCACUCGGUAGAGCGCAUACCUUCGCAUAUCACAAGAUUGGGCAUUGAAUUAUGAACAUGUUGGCAUUAGUUGCAUGCCGAUUGGAUAAAAAUGUACCGUGCUAUGGUAAAAAGAAGAUUUUUACCUUUCCAUGACCUUGACCUUUGACCCGAUCGAUCCCAAAAUCUAAUCAAAUGGUCCCGGGAUAAUAACCAAUCAUCCCACCAAAUUUCAUGCGAUUCGGUUUAAUACUUUUUUAGUUAUGCGAGGAAAACGCAUACAAAUAAAUAAAUAAAUACACGGUGAUCAAAACAUAACCUUCCGCAUUUUCAAUGCAAAAAAACAUUAAAAUCCAUUAGACAAAGAGAAAACCUAUAGUUAUUUCAGCUGUUGCUCUAAGAUAACAACAGAAGGGAGAGUCAUGAUGCAAUAAAGAGCCAUUAGAGUUUUACAUGGUCAGAAAUAAAGUAAUAUCUACUGUAACCAAUGUUACUGUUGGUUUGUUUAAGCUUUGUGAGUUGAAAUCAAAUAAAGUGUCACCGGUUGGA